AGCAGCAGCAGCAGCAGCAGCAGCAGCAGGAAGCGGCCUCUCCUCACCCCGCUCUGCAACGGCCUCAUCAACUCCUACGAGGACAAAAGCAACGACUUCGUCUGCCCCAUCUGUUUUGACAUGAUCGAGGAAGCAUACAUGACGAAAUGUGGCCACAGCUUCUGUUACAAGUGUAUUCACCAGAGCCUUGAAGACAAUAACAGGUGCCCCAAGUGUAACUACGUUGUGGACAACAUUGACCACCUGUACCCCAACUUCUUAGUAAAUGAGCUCAUCCUCAAACAGAAGCAGAGAUUUGAGGAAAAGAGGUUCAAGUUGGACCACUCAGUGAGUAGCACCAAUGGCCACAGGUGGCAGAUAUUUCAAGAUUUAUUGGGAACCGACCAAGAUAACCUUGACUUGGCCAACGUCAACCUGAUGUUGGAGUUGCUAGUGCAAAAGAAGAAGCAGCUGGAGGCAGAGUCCCAUGCUGCCCAACUACAGAUCCUAAUGGAAUUCCUCAAGGUUGCCAGGAGAAAUAAGCGAGAGCAACUGGAGCAGAUCCAGAAGGAGCUAAGUGUUCUGGAAGAGGAUAUUAAACGAGUGGAGGAAAUGAGUGGCUUGUACUCCCCUGUCAGUGAGGAUAGUACCGUGCCUCAGUUUGAAGCUCCCUCUCCGUCACACAGUAGUAUUAUUGAUUCUACGGAAUAUAGCCAACCUCCAGGUUUCAGUGGCAGCUCUCAGACAAAGAAGCAGCCGUGGUACAACAGCACGUUAGCAUCACGGAGGAAGCGACUCACGGCACAUUUUGAGGACUUGGAGCAGUGCUACUUUUCCACAAGGAUGUCACGUGUCUCAGAUGACAGUAGGACUGCAAGCCAACUGGAUGAGUUUCAGGAGUGCCUAUCCAAGUUCACUCGCUACAACUCUGUCAGACCCUUGGCAACAUUAUCGUAUGCUAGUGACCUCUAUAAUGGCUCCAGCAUAGUCUCCAGUAUCGAAUUUGACCGGGAUUGUGACUAUUUUGCCAUUGCUGGGGUGACAAAGAAGAUUAAGGUCUAUGAAUAUGGCACAGUCAUCCAGGAUGCAGUGGAUAUUCAUUACCCUGAGAAUGAAAUGACCUGCAAUUCCAAAAUCAGCUGUAUCAGCUGGAGUAGCUACCACAAGAAUCUGUUAGCCAGCAGUGACUAUGAAGGCACAGUCAUCCUGUGGGAUGGAUUUACAGGACAGCGAUCAAAGGUUUACCAGGAGCAUGAGAAAAGGUGCUGGAGUGUUGACUUUAACUUGAUGGACCCCAAACUUUUGGCUUCAGGUUCUGACGAUGCAAAAGUGAAGCUGUGGUCUACCAACCUGGACAAUUCAGUGGCAAGUAUUGAGGCCAAGGCUAACGUAUGUUGUGUCAAAUUCAGCCCAUCGUCUAGAUACCACUUGGCUUUUGGCUGUGCAGAUCACUGUGUCCACUACUACGAUCUUCGCAACACUAAGCAGCCAAUCAUGGUGUUCAAAGGGCAUCGCAAAGCGGUCUCCUAUGCAAAGUUUGUGAGUGGGGAAGAAAUUGUCUCUGCGUCCACCGACAGCCAGCUGAAGCUAUGGAACGUGGGGAAACCGCACUGUCUGCGUUCCUUCAAGGGUCACAUCAACGAAAAGAACUUCGUGGGCCUGGCUUCCAAUGGAGACUACAUAGCCUGUGGAAGUGAAAACAACUCCCUCUACCUUUACUACAAGGGUCUUUCAAAGACACUGCUGACUUUUAAGUUUGAUACUGUCAAAAGCGUCCUAGAUAAGGACCGGAAGGAAGACGACACAAAUGAAUUUGUCAGUGCUGUAUGCUGGAGGGCCCUGCCCGAUGGGGAGUCCAAUGUGCUGAUUGCUGCUAACAGUCAGGGUACAAUUAAGGUGCUGGAACUGGUAUGAAGGGUCUUCUCUUGAAGCAUGAUGUACUUGGCCCCCGCUGAAAUACAUCUGCAGUUCACCUUGGGAGGAGAAACCGAAACCUUCAAACUAUGACCCUCCCCAACACCAUCCUGGGGUGUUUUUAUUUUUGUUUUUUCUGUUUUUUGUUUUGUUUUUGUUCUGUUUUUCCAUUUAUGGACUCCUUAGGACCUAUGAGAUAUUGACAACACCCAAUGAAUUGUCCACCAUCAACGUAACUCCACGGACUUUGCUGCUGCUGCUGCUAGUGGUGCUGUGGUUGUCUAAUUUUUAUGAUAGGGAAAUGAAUUCUUAAAAAAAAAAACAAUAAAAAAGAAUAAUAAAGUUUAUUGAGCCACAG